AUGGUUUUUGUGAAAUUUUAGGACGAGAGUGAUAAAGACCUAUUGUAAAAGUUAAAUAUAGACCUUAAGGGUCAUAAGUUUGGAUUAGUUCCAUAUAAAACACUGUUAGAAAAAGUAGAUUCUCAUAAUAAAGAAAAAAAGAAUUAAAAACUCCUGUUGAAUGAGAUCAUAAAGCCUGACAUGAUAUAUAUGCAAGCGGAUAUGGAGAGUUUAGAAAGAGAAGAGGCCGAUAAUGACCCUAAGGUAAUUAAGGAGCGUGAAGAAAGGCAAGCUAGAAUAGAAGAAAGAAAGUAUUAAAAAAUGAUGGGUAAAGAUAAAGGUUAAUCAAUUGGAGCAGAUAUUCGUGAUAUGGAAAAGAGUAUUUCAUUUGGUGUUAGUUUUAUAUUCACAUUUUUCUUGAGCGGAGUAAGUGGCUACUUUAUUGGUAAGCAUAUUUUAGAAUGGAAUGAAGGAUUAUGCAUGAUCCUAGCAGUUGUCUCUUUAAUUGGCACAUUAAUUCUGGAAUCUACCUUAUUUAUAGUGAAAACUUGGAAAAAUGAUAAGAUUGCACAAGAAAAGUAAAAGCAUGACAAAUAACUGAGGUAGUAAAUGAGAAAUACAGAGUCAUAGGAGAUAACUAAGUUAAUCCUUGAGUUCCAAAAGAAUAAAGAAAAAACAUUAUCGCAGAAGAAGAAUGAUUGA